GUCUGAGUGUGUGUAAAGUGCGUGGCAGGCGAAGGCGAGGAGGAAGAAGAAGAAGAAGAGGAAGAAGAGGUGGAGAAAAAGGAAAAAAAAAAUAGCUUGGGAGUGCUUUAUUUUGCCUAAACUUGGACAUUUAUAAAAAAAAAGAACUUUCUUGAACUUCUUCCGAUUGCCAUUUCCUAAUAGCUUUUGUAGAGUCACGCUCUCCACCCACUCUCUGCCUCGCUCUCCCCCCCCCCAAAAAAAACACAAUAAUCAUCAUAACUCCACUCUAUAACACACACGCACACUCCUUUUUCUCUUUGCACACACCCACACCCACACCGAUGCAUACGAUUGCCCAGCUCCAAACACUGCUCUAUGGCCAAAGCGACAGCCGUGACGCGACUGCGACCACCACCACAACAACAACCAACGCUCCAUACCCUGACGAAAUAUACCAGCAUCAUGUCAAUCAACUCCUUCCAUCCCUGAUUCAACGCGAUCUCGACGAUCCAGCCGCAAUUAACUCAUUGUGUCAACAAGCCAUUAAGCUCGAAGCUGAACACAAGCCUCACCUGUAUUCGAUCCGGUUAAUUGUUCUCGACUUCCUUUGUCGGCAAUUACAGCCGAAUGCGUCGCUAUUAAAUUGGGCUCUCUGUUUCAUUGGGCAGCAGCAGCAAGAGCAAGAGCAAUUUCGCCUUACCGUGCUUGCAGAUUCUUGUUCAUCGUUUGUUGCACUCCGUCAACAGAUAUUCCAUCAAUGCUUUCAGCUUCGUGAGACUGAGGCGUACCGGGACCUACAAACCCAUCGUCUCUUGUACGACCUUUUGGAUGAUCUGCGGAUGCCGUCAUGUGCCUGGCUUCUGGAGAUCGAGGCAUCCUUGCAUAUGCAAUACCAAAGCUGCCUGCAGCAAUGCGAACAGAUACUGGAAAAUCAGGCCACCCGUCCUUCGCUAUGCAUCGUCCAUGGACAACAAUUCGUUGAAAGCAUUCCACCCAGCACUGUGGCCAAAAGUGUAUCCAUUCAGAUGCGACUAGCACUUUAUGGCGGCUUACAACCAGCCGAAAUGGCUCCGCUUCUAAGAUAUUUAGCACAAAUGAAGACAUGGGAGGGACGGGAAUGUUUCCAGCUCUCGGAGACAUUUACACGGGCUAUUAUUCGUGGCUGCCCUGCACCCUUACUCACGCUGCUAAACUCUGAGAUCGACGGCAUGACAAAACAGUUCUUUGCAGAUCCCAAGUUGAAAGCAUUGUGCCUGGAUGAGACAUUACUAAAAGAACUAAGCCAAGAUAACUGCAAUAUACCAUUCAACAUGAAUCUCAUGAACGAAUGCUUCCAAAUAUUGGGAUCGGCACCACCACCAAGAUUCAUGGCGCAGAUCACUUUGCUCACAAUCUCACUUAUGCAGACAUUUCCCCAAUUUCACCAUAAUCAGGAUAUCACGUGGGAUGAAUGCUGUCGGUUAUGCGAUUCUGCAUGGGCGCAUGCCUUUGCCUCACUACUCGAUAGGGCCAUGUUUGAGACGCGUCCGGCAUCGGAAUCCACUUCGAUCCGAUCCUUGGCAAGACUUUGCUUCUGCUGCAUGCUAUUCCAUGCCACCGUCAGUGCCACCGCUACCAAGAAAAAGGAUACGGAGUCGAUAGCGACAGUGCGUCAAGAAGAGCGCAUCAAAUUGUGGCAGCGGUACUCAGAGAACCGCAUCCUGUUUCUGAAUUCGUUUGAAGACACACAACACAAGCAGAAGCAACUAGCACGCGAUUUAGCAAUGGUGCAGCGGUUGUUGUUUACAUUAUAGAAGCACAAGAAGGGUCCUUUUUGCCAAGAAACGGGGUUACAUGUACGAACGAGGGAAAGGAGGGAGUUGAGGGAGUAAAAACACACACACACACACACACACACAUAGUCCCCAUUUCUUUUUUGGUAGACCUGCAAUAAACAGGUCACCUGGAUUCUUGCAGCUUACUCUCUUUU